AUGUCUAAUGCCGUGAUCCUUGCUCCUGACUCGGAACAUCCUUCGCUGUCACGCAAAGGCUUCAACCUCUCGGAGUUCAUGGGGAAGUGGUACGUGCUUCACUCGACUCUGCCGCUUUGGAAGAAUAAGAAGGAUGUUGCAAUCACAUAUUCGCCAAAAGAACCCUCUCAGUGGUUGCAAUUCGAUGAUACAGUGGAAUAUCGUUCAGAAUCAGCAGCUUCGUCUUCGAAGCCGUGGACGAUACGGGGAGUCGACGUGUUGGUGGGGCCUACUGACCCAGGGAGGUUCGUACCGGGCGCAUCGUUUCAGUGGAGGGGAAAGGGGCUUCUCGUCUUUUCGUCUUCUAGCUGGCAAGUUUUGGGGUAUGGAGAUGGCUGGGCAGUGACGUUCUUCUCUAAGACAUUGUUCACUCCAGCUGGGAUCGAUAUUUACUCGAGAGACAAGGACUUGACUCGAGAUCUCUACGAUGAAAUUAUGCUCGGUCUUUCUAAGCAUGAAGAGACGAGGAAGCUGGCUGAGGGGAUGUUCGAAAUCAAACAUGGGGAUUAAGGGAAGGCUCGAACUUGUUGGCUACUGGGAACGUGGAUCCCGCCUGCCGGCCCUUUGGAGCAUGCCUACGCCCCCUGACCCGAAUGCAGCAUUUCGGGAGCACAAAGCCAAAGCGUGCACUGCCGUAAAUACCUUGACAGAUCUGCAAUUGACUGCCACAACCAGGUGUUCUCCAUUUGCGGAGUCCUCUCGUUCUUGAACUCGCUCUCUACAGGUAAUGAUGAA